AUGGCCCCUCCAACAGGCCCAGCGCAGGCCAACGGCGUCAUCCCCAUCUCAGCAGCCGCUAUCCAGAAGAGCACCGCCGUCAAUGGAGCGCCCCGCGGCUCAUCCGCCAAAGCGGCAGCCCCACGCCUAAAAGUUGUUGUACGCAGGCUGCCGCCCGGUCUCACACAGGCGGAGUUCGAGGCAGCUGUAGGAGAUGAGUGGAGGCUCGGGGGAGGCAAGGUGGACUGGGUUCUUUACAAGGCGGGCAAAGUCUCACGAGACCUGGCAAAGCCUUCACGCCCUGCUCGAGCCUAUCUACACCUCACCGACCAGAAUCACCUUGGUCCGCUUGCAGAAAAAGUCCGCCAGACAGCGUUCGUCGACGCCAGGAACACCACCAAAGACGCCGCGCUGAUUGGGCCACCCUCGGUCGAAUUCGCACCUUACCCACGCAUACCCGGUGGCAGACGCCGCAAUGAUGCUCGUCAAGGCCUUAUCGAUCAAGAUCCCGAAUUCAAGGACUUCCUUGAAAGUCUCACCAACCCAGUUACCAAACCCGCUGCUCCCGACGCGGCAGAGACGCCGGUCGGUGUGAAGGAGGAGAAGAUCACUACAACGCCUCUGAUCGAACACUUGAGGGAGAAGAAGGCGGCAAAGGACAAGGCUGCAGCAAAGCCCGCCACUAAGCACGCUCAUGGAGAAUCCAAGGAUGAGAAGGCCUCGGAGAAGAAGAUCCUCGUGAAAGGAGGCAAAGAGAACGCAGUGUCACCGGAGAAAGCAAAGAAGCCGACUAGGGCAGAGCGGGACAAAGCAGCGAAGGAGGCAGUCAAGGUUUUGAGCAAGGAGGCAGCCGCUACUUCGCAACCAGCUAUUGCAACAUCCGCACAAGCUGCACCGAUACCAACAGGACCCGCCGCCGAGAGGAAGCGCGAGCGAGGCAGCGCGGCUAUUGCGGCCAACAUACUCAAGCGUGACCUGGGCCUCGGCGGACCGGCUGGCGGUAGACGUGGGAAACGCGAUGCUCCACCCGAGGCUACACAGAAGUCGGCAGAAGCAACGGCAGCCAAAGAAGCAUCUGCUCCAGUCCCAGCCCAGCCCAUCGAGAAGCCGACACCAACGUCUCCAAAAGGUACACGCUCGACCCGGGCCGAACGCCGCGCGCACAAGGCUGGUCUAAUCGAGAAGACAAACAGCGCCGAACCCGCAGCAGAGGCCAGCAAGGUCCCAACAGGCUCGGCCGCUCCAGCAAUUCUGAAGAGAGCGCCCGCAGCACCAACACAACCACCUGCACAAUCCCAAGCCCCCAAAGGACCCGCCUCGACCCACUCCACCAGCAAAGCACCCGCAGCAUCCCCAUCAACACCCCUCUCCACGCCCAAACCCCCCAAACCCACCCUCAGCGACCCAACCGCCCGCUCCGCCUUCCUCAAACACGCCAACCCCUCCCAAGGCAUCACGGAGCCCCUCCUCCACACCGCCCUCUCUGUCUUCGGCGCCAUCGAAAAGGUCGAAAUCGACAAGCGCAAGGGCUUCGCGUAUGUUGACUUUGCUGAGCCGGAGGGCCUCGUCAAGGCGAUCAAGGCGAGCCCGGUAACGGUGGCGCAGGGCGCUGUGCAGGUGCUUGAGAGGAAGGAUAAGGUGGCUAAGGUGUUUGGACCGUCGCCGGCGCAUGCGGGGGCGCCGGCAAGGGGGGGGACUGUGAUGAGGGGGGGACGGGGGGGUGGAUUUAGGGGUGGGAGAGGCGGGAGGGGUGGGUUUGGUGGGCCGAGCCCUGUGGCUAGUGGUGGUGCAGCUCAAGCUCAGGCUCAGGCUCCGGCUGCUGCUGCUCCGGUUGCUGCGGUUGCUGCCUCGCCGGUACAGCCUGCUUCGGUUCCUGAUGCGGUAACUUGA